CCCAUUCUCAGGAACCCUUUGUGACAAGGCUUUAGCUCUGUGAUGCAGGCCUAGGGCUCUGUCCCCAAGUGAACUACCAGUGCUCAGUUGCCUGAGGACAACAGAUUUCCAAAGAUGGAGAAUUUCUUUUCUCUGAGAAGCACUGGUACCUCCUGGCUGAGCUCUGGUCCCACCUCCUGGGUGAUUGAUGCCAUCUUUGCCUUCCUGUGUGGACUGGGGCUCUUCCUUCUGUUACUCCCUUGUUUUCAGAGUAAUCCACCCUUAUCACCAGCUAAGAAAUAUAGAAAUAUCAGGAAGCAUCAAGUGGAGCUGAGGAGGAGGAGCAAGAGUAAGAAAAAAAGCGGAGCUUUGAAAGCUUGCAGAAAUUGCCUGAAAGAACUGGAGGGAGCUCGCAGUCUGAUUUCACUUCUGCAAAGCUGCCUGGGGAGGCUCCCUGACAAGGGUGGCUUUCAUCAACUCUUAUGUCAAGACAUCCCUGGUGAGGUGUGCAAAGCAGUGCCUGCUGGAGCCCACCAGCCAUGCAGGGAGCCUAUGGAUGAUGCUGCUCCCACCAUGUCCCUGUUGGCUACCCCAGUUCCUCUGACUCAGCGCCCUCUACUUCUUGACUCAAUGACCUCUUCAGUUUCUGUUCAUUCCCACUCAUCUCUGAGUGCCUCUUCGCCACCAGAGCCUUUCCUUCCCCUCAACAGCCUUUUGCCCCAGCCACUUGCUCUUUCCCCUCUGCCUCCAUGUCCCCUUAAUUCAGAGGCCUGCCCUCCACCUCUGAGAGCCUCCUCUGCCCCACAACCUCCAGACUCUAUUCUGACUCUUCCUCAAUGUGACUCCUUGGCAUUCCCACCAAGCACCAUUCCACAGAGGUCAUCUCAUACCCCUUGGUCAGCUUCUGCUGUUCCAGCCAUCUCAGGCCUUGGCCACUCAAGUUGUCCCAUUUCAGCCUUGUCAUGGUGGCACACUGCUGCCAAAGCCCUGUGCCUCUCAACCUCAUCAAAUUAUGAGUCUCAGCAAGAACACCUUUCCCACCACUCACCAGAGGCCUCAUUCCGGGGAAACCCCACCAACAGACAGGUAGGAGUUGCUAGCCCCUCUUUGCUGAGCUCAGAUAAUCAGAAGCUCCUGGAAAUACAAGUCACAAAGAGAGUCAAGGUCAAGAUUUGGAAAGAAAAAGAAAAAGAUGAAUCAUAUCCAAAACAAACGAGCCCAGACUACCACCUGAAUUCUUUGGGGAAUAUGUUGAAGUCACUGAGUCCUGAACAGAACACAAGCCUACAACACUUCUGGAGUACAAAAGGAAAACCAGAGCAGCUGCCUGGUCAUCAGAAGCUCUCAUAUCCUAAGGUCUUGGGACACCAUCUACAGCAGAAAUAUAACCAACUUUUCUGGGGUCUCCCCUCUCUACACAGCGAAUCUCUGGUGGCUACUGCCUGGAUCUCUGAGUGCUCUUCAGUGCCACAGUCUUCCUCUUUCUUAUUCAAUGGAAUCUCAAGUGCCUGCCCAACUCAAAUGCAGGGUAAACUAUCUCCACUGCUUUCUCAGUCCCAGCCCCCGUCCCAACUGGAGUUCCAAUCUCAACCCUUGGUUUCAUCUGUACCUCAAUUUCAACCACCAUCUCUGGCUCAGAUCCUGACCCAGGAUCAUUGCCAAUCCUCUCUUCCAAUCCUAUCACCUUCGCCACCUCAGAUUGAGGCCUGUGAAGUAUCUUGCCCUAUAGCCCAGGAUAAGUCACAAUUUCUCAUCCCACCUGAGAUUCAACAUCCAGAAUGGCCUUUGUUGCAGAAGCAACUAGAAAGUGGGUGGGCUUUAUCCUCUGUAAUCAAAAGAUCUCAAGAAGUCUUUAGUGUCUUCACUUCCAAUCUUCCUGAGGACAGUUGGGCAGUCUCCCUCCUUCCUGAGAACUUUCCAAUCAGUGCUGAACUCCGUAAGCAACUGGAGCAACACCUACAAAAGUGGCUUAUUGAACACAGGUGGGAGCUGCCCCGUAAGAUCCAAGAGUCUCUGGAACUAAGGCAGCUUCAGGGUGAAUUACCAGGGACAUGUCAGGCAAAGGGCAAGCGUGGACCCUCACGUCCCUCUGCAUGUGCAGGUAAAAGCAACAAGGAUACACAGAAAGUGGAGUUCCAGCUAAGCCAGGGCAUGGGCAAGGGCCUGGGGUAUAUUUUGGGGAAGGUCCCAAAAGAUCUCUCCAGGGACUCAGAAAGCUCCCUAAUGGGGUUUCAGGAAGUAAGCUCUGAAGAGUCAGAAUGUGACUUGGGGUUGUCAAUGAGUGACUCAGGGAGCGAUUUGCUAAAGAGCUUAGAUAAGAAUCUAGAAAACAUCCUGAAAGACCAUUUGGGUAGGAAGUUGGGGAAGAUAAGUGGGAGUUUGAUCCCUGUGAGUGUGCACAAAUCCUGGCUUGCAGUCAACCAUGCUUUUCCGAAGUCCAACACUCACAAGGAAAUCAGAAACCUAGGAAUCUUGAAGUGUUGGGGACCAUAUGUGAACACCUCCCACAGGGUUUCCUUCCUCAAUCCAGACAUUCAAGAAGUGCUGGAAGCACAUAUUAUAAGGUUUUGGGUGAGGCACAGGUGGGGUCUACCCCUCAAGGCUCUUAAGCCCAUAAAUCUAUUUAAGUUGAAAAAGGUUCAACCUUUGCCCAUUCUGCAGUUUGCCUUUAACCCCUCAGCCACCUGUGUGUCUGGAACUGCCUCAAUAAUCAAAUCUGCUGAAUCCCUGAGAAGAAGACCUUCUCAGGCAUGUCUGGGAAAGAAAGUUGUAGCAGAAGAGUCAGGUCUCACCCUGGAGAGACCUCUCCUUGCCCCUUCACCUAUGUAUGGGGAAAUCCAGAGGGCCCUGGUAAGGACCCCAUCUGAUGACAACCAGGGGUCCUCAAAGGCCUCUCUGACUGGACAGGAUAGCAGGCCACCUUCUCAGUCCUUCACACUCAACCUCAUGGGCAGAACUCCGCAGAGUGAUUCUGCAGAAUGGGCUGAGAAAAGCAGCCUAGAGCUGAGUCCCAGUUCAGCAAUGGCUGGGAAUGAGCCAAGAGAGGAGAGUGAGGAUUGGGUCUCACAAGACCCCUGCCAUAGGGUAGCAAUGCUGAAGAUGAACUUAGGACCCCAAUAUCUUAGGUCUGAAAAGGCUAGGGAGGCAGUGGAGGCCAAGCCUCCUACUCUUCAGCCAAGACCCAUCUUGGGAACCAAUGUGCUCACAAAACCCCAAACCAUAAAUGCACAUAUGGGGGGUUUAGAUACCAGUAAAAAACUUUCUAGAAUGUCUGCUAUCCAAGAUCUUGGAGAGUCAUGCCUUAACACAGAGGUUAGUGAAUUUAAGUCCAAAUUGAAGAUAAAGCCAGAGAGCCAGUCUCAAGACUGUCCUACACACGUAAUCCUUGCUGUAGACAACUUGGCUUCUCAGGCACCUCAGUGUUAUCCCCAGACAGUGCCCACUGGAGACAAGAUAGCUUCCCAGAUGCUGUAUGGCUUAACGGCAAACCAAAGGAGCUGCUUAAGGCAGAAAGAUCCCAUGAACUCUGGACUUCAGGACUCACGGAAGAGCCAGAGCAAGAUGACUGCCUCUACUUAUAAGAGAGAGGACUGUAGGAGGCCCAACUCAGGAAAGAAUAAAGAACGGUUUGAAGAAUUGAGGACCUCUCAAGCUGAAAGUAUGAGUCAUCUUUCCCCAGUCAGAGGAAUAGUAGACUCUGUUAGGAACAGAUGCAUACAGUUCCUGCCAGAGAAGAAACAAGGUCCUCCAGAAAACCUUUUCAGAAAAAGGAUGAGGCACUUUUUUCAAUGGAUUUUCCCCAAUAGAAAAGUCAAAGGUCAGAACACCAUGCAAAAAUGUAAGCCAAUAAUAGCCUCUGCCAAGAGCCAAGGACCAGUCAAAAGCAGAUCAAUUAUGGCUAAUGAGACUGCUGAGGCUCAGGCACUCAUGACAGCUGUUGGACAAAUUCUAGAGGAGAAAAUGGCAAUCCACCAUGGACUUCAUGGCACAAAGUUAAAUGAGCACAAACAGGAACUCCAAGCACCAGUAUGUGGGUGUUUCUGCUACCACAGGGUUCCCUUCUACCCAGAGCAUGGGAGAAUGAGUUAUACAGCCCACAAUCACCAAGACACCUCCAAUGGUCAGAGUAGCUCUUUCAAGGAAAGGCAGGUUAAACACCGACAGUCCUUGAAAAGUGUAAGAUUCGAGGAUGAGCAACUGGACCCAAGGCACCUCCCAUCCUUGCCUCCCAAGAAGACUUUGUCUCCAGUCAGUCCCUGCCAGUAUAGCCCAAGGAUGCCAGGUGCCCCAGGCUACCAUCAACACUGUCCACGGCACUGUCUUCUUCAGGCCUCCCUGUUUGGUCGAUCAUAAAAUACUUCUUUAGCCUUUCCUAGUAGGAAAAUAUGUCUUCAAGAAAAAAAUUAGUCCAUGUAAAGAAAGUGUUUUUUUUCUCAUUAGCACAUCCAAAUACCUAAUAUUCCCCAAUAUAUAUGUUUUCCCCCCAAAAGAGGGUAGUAUGGUUGAUUUUGUCUGUGCUGUGCUCAGUAUGUACUUUGGCUUCUAGAAGGGAAGAGAAUGGAGGGAUUUUGGCCUUGGGCAUUGUAGGCUUGCUCUUUAUCCUUUCAUUAUACAUUGUUUUCAUGAUACUGUCAUUAUGCAAACAAAAACUACCCUAAAAAGAUGAGAAAUACCUAUGAAGACCUUACCCAAGAUCUGGCUCAACUUGCCUUUUUCCUGCUUCCACUCUACUUUGAAAUUUAUACAGCUAUAGGGGAUAGGUUUCCAGACAUCAUGGGGCUGGACUCAGGGUCCCACUCAGGCUCCAGGAAGUAUCAGAACCAAGUGGAUUGAAAUUUGGUAGAGGGUACUAGGCCUAAAGUUCAGAAGCAGGAGAAAUCCUUUUCCUGGAUCUCUUGGUGAAGAAUAGAGGGCACUUGCUCUUGAGAGCCCCUUCUGUCUCUUGUGAAGAGCUGAGGUUGAGUUAGGCCCUGUGAACCCCUCUGAGCUUAGCUUUAAUGUCACCCUCUUCCACCUCUGCCUUUCCUGUACUUCCAGUGAUGAGGAUGGCACUUCCAGCUCUGAGUAUGUGUAAAUGAGAGAACAUCAGGGAAGUUGCUAAGGGCUAUGUUCACCUUUACCCCAAAUGAAUAUUCAAGGGUCACCUGCUUUCCCUCUAUGUUAACCCCAGAGAAGGAGUUCUGGAUUAAUGAAACAGGAUUGAGUGUAUCUGUAUGUAGUAACUAUGUGACGGUUGAAUACUAUGAACUUAGAAUGGGAUGUGGGAGACAAGUUGAAAAGUUUGGAUCCAAAGAAAAAGGCAAAGUGGCACAUGGUGCCUAUAAAUUUGCAGUGAAUGAAGAGCCUCUGAUAUCCCACCACCAUCUACAGGCCUGGAGGAAAGAAAAAGUUAAGGGCCCAGUGGCUCAUCAUACCCCAUCAUGGUCUCCACCCCACUUCAGCUCUAAGAUCACAGACAUAGAGAAGCCACUUUUAUAUCCAGAACAGAUGGUCAAAUUUGUAGAUGUAAAGCAAAUGAGGGAAGGUUAAUCUCCUAAUAAUAUAUUUAAUACACUUACACAUUGUCACCUCUUGAAUUCAAGAAUUCAGGUGGAAAAGCCAGGAUUAGGGAGCUUCAGAUGUAACUCCCAGUCUGGUGACCUUUAUUUAAACACAGGGCUGUAGAACUGCUCCUCAAGGAGUGGUGGGGAGUUAAAAGGCCCAGAGACUGGCCUGCAAUCAUGUAGUAAGUCUCGUCUGGCUCCCAGUCCUUGCAUACUCCAGAGUCUAGCAGAUGAGGCCAUCAGACAGGAUUUGUGAAAUGGGAGUUGGGGAGAGCAUGGAAAUGACCUGUUCAAAAUGGGGAGGUAUAGCUCAGGAGUGGUCCACUGCUCUCUCCACUUCUAGCACAGGUUUCCCCCUCCCCUGGCCUCUAUCCAUAUGAGAAAGCAAGAAGAUGAGCAAUUUCUCUAGCGUUAGUCUGUGCUUUGUGCACAGUAGGCACAGCUGCAGAGGGCAUCAUUCCCAUGGUACAGAGUCUUGCUCCAGGAGAUGCCCUUGAUCCAGAGGAUAACAGGAAUGGGCCCCGUCCCCCAUGCCUGUCAGGAUGCCCAACAUGUGGGACCUGGGGUGGAGGGGCAGAGUGGGUUUAAGCCUGCUUGUGUCACUGGUUUCUCCCUGGAGCCAGGUCUUGCCUCUGGGACCCAAUUCCUGAGUCAGCCUCCAGAGUGGGUCCAGCAAUGUAAGUGGAGCCAAGACCUGUGGAAAGGGAUUGGGACCCAGCACAGACAGCACCUUGGGGCCCUUGGGAGCUUAGGAGAGGGUGGGACAGAGCAAGGGGCCCUGAGCCUGGUUGCUAUUAAGUCUUCAAAGGGCACUGAGAGUUGAGUUCUGGGACAGGAGUAGGGGCUAGAUGUGGACCACAUAGCCCCUGCCAGAAGUGCUGCAGAUGGGGAUGCUGACGGAACAGAAAAGAAACAAACAACAACACAACCCCUCCCCCACCCCCACCCCUCAAACACAAAGAAGCAAGUGCCUUCACCCUUCUGUUGCUCAGAUUUCCAUAAGGUGUGGCAAGGCCAGAAAUGGAGACACCCACACAGAGACACUUCAUGCAGAGACAACACAGAGACACUUCCCAGCAAAGAGAACACACAGACCUUACAGAGACAACUCUCAACAGAGACCUCUCUCACACAGACACCUUCCAUGGUGACUAGAAUAUUGCCUUAUAGAGACCUCACACUGAGACCUCGUAUAGGGACUUCAUGUUGCCCCACAGAUUCUCAGACAGAAACCUAGUACAGAUUUCAGAGAUUUUCCAGAGACCUAACAGCAAACCUAUCAAGACUUCCCAAUGGUACCUUCCAUACAGACCUCACGCAGAGACCUCACCCAGAAACAACACUCAGAGACAUCACAUGGCCUCAAAAAGACCUCACAUAGAAACCUCACAGAAAGACUUCAUCUACAGACAGUGCACAGAAAUCUUUCACUGCCUCACAGACAUUUCACAUUGAGACCUUACACAGAUACCCCAUAGAGACUCAACACAAAGACCUCACAGAGACCUCGCAUCCAUUUUUCAAGAUCCCAAACAAAUAUUGACAAGUCCUUGGUAAAUAUGAAACUAGCAUACUAGCAGCACAAGAGGGAUUGUCAGUUAUGCCCCUAUUGCAAUCCUCAAAACACUCAGGCAUUGUCAGCAUUGUGCUAAAUGGGGGACUCUGCUUGGGGAAAUGCUUGGGAAUUUUUUUCUUUUGUAAUGUUAUUGACUCUGAACAAAAGAAUUACUGAUUCUACGUGUAGAUUUGCAAAAUGAAUUUCCACAGGUGCCCAUUAACUUGAGAAUCACAAUUUUUAAACACAACUAAAACAGUCUCCAAUGAGAGAAAAUAUCUUAUUUGUCCAGUUUUAGUUAUUAUCCAGCCAAAUGGUGUCACUGUUGCAUAUUUUUUUUUUAUUCUCUUGGGGACAAGACCUGAACUGCAAAUGGCUUACUUAUUUACUUUGAAAACAUAAUAAAGACCUGCAACAAAUGGACUCUAGAAAUGAAAUAAACCAGAAAAGAGGUGUCUGGA